AUGGCUUUAAAAGACGAAAUAAAGUUUGAAAAAGAAGUCGAUCGCAUCGAAGCUGAGUUAGGCGAUGAUCAUCUUGUCCGUAUGCUACGAUACUUGACGACAAGUUCACCUGAUGCCAGCCAGGGCUUGUUAGAUUUGCAUUUUGAGUGUCGAAACGUCUUAUCAAAGUUGCCACCGAUGAAAGGUGAGGCGGACAAUGCAAAGAAAAGGACACAAGGAACAAUAAAUAACAGGCAGAGCACAGUUCCUGCACCACCGCGGCCAAAUCGAGUAAAGACUGAGAAGCCACGAAUAAUGCUGACAAAGAGGACGAAUUCAAUUCCGAUGAAUACACAGAAGAACAUAGCAACUUAA